AUGGAACCCGUAGCAGCCGUGUCACUCGUCUGUAACGUGUUCGAUCUGACCGAGCGAGCAAUUAAAUGCGCCAAAAUGGCAAGAGACAUUUACAAUUCGACUACAGGCCUGUCAAAGGAACAUGAACAGUUAUCCGAGCUCACUAACGAGUUAAACACUAUUCUCAGCGAGGUCCGAAGUAGCUAUGGAGAAUUACAAAAGAUUGAUGUUGGAGAUAUCAACAUCCAAGCCGUGGCCAGCGAGUGUCAAAACUUCUCCUCGGAUAUCAGUACCCUGCUAGAUCGAUGUCGUAUUAAAAAGCCUUCUUCGAUGAAAAGUGCAAUUGGCGCAACUAAGAGAUCAUAUCACAAUAAGGACAAUCUUCAAACCCUCCAAAUCAAUCUAGAAAAACGCCAACAAAUGCUCCAUCUAGCUCUUACAGCAUCUAUAAUCAAGGUUGAGAAAACCCUCAAUGAAGAACAUGUUACGAAUUAUACCUUAAAACAAGAACUCGGCGCCAUUCAACAGAAAUUUGACACAUUGGUCGAUAUACCUGGUCAACUGCAGCAAGCUUUAGACCUCUGCCGUGAGGCGCAAAAGGAGCGAGUGCUACAUAACGUCUUUCGGGUACUAAGCAACAAGAACAAUGGCAUGAAAUCGAAUCCUAGAUACGACGAAGUGCACGAUGCCUACGGAAAUACCUUCGAAUGGAUUCUUCUCGAGCCAGAAAAGGUCUUCAAAGUCGAACCAGACCUCACAUUGUCCUUUGUCGAUUGGCUACGCGACGGUCAUGGUAUUUUUCAUAUUCUUGGGAAACCCGGCUCCGGCAAAUCUACAUUGAUGAAGUUCAUUUGGAAUCAAAAAGUAAGAAAAGACAUGCUCCAGCAGUGGGCAGGAGAAUCGCGGCUCCUCUGCAUGAAAUAUUUCUUUUGGAAACCUGGAUCGGGCCAGAACGGGCUGCAAGACCUGAGGCGUUCUUUACUGAAGUCUGCCUUGGAACAGGCCCCCGAACUCCUGAGCUUACUUCUGCCUAGGAUCAGUGAGCACAACACAACACUUGAUGAAUAUCUCAACGAUGGCGAAAUCUCUCAAGCGUGUCAAACAUUAAUGAGUAAUCAGCAUGUCCUCGCGAAACAUAAGAUAUUCAUACUUAUCGACGGCCUCGAUGAAUUCGAUGAGGAAAGAAACCACGAGGAUUUCAAUGACCUGGUGCGGGUCCUCCAAGGCUGGACUUAUCAGUCAGAAGGGAAGGUCAAAGCCUGUGUUUCCAGUAGAGAGUACGAUGCUUUCAGAACAAUUACUCACAACCAGAAAUUCCAUUUACAGAACCUCACGAGAGAAGAUAUGGAGACUUUCGUCACUAAGCGCUUGGAAGAACAUUCCCAAUUCUCAAAAUUGGAAUGCGCUUGUGAGAAAAACACCCGCAAUUUAUGCGGUCGUGACAAGAAGCUACACACAUGCAAUCUUGACUGCCUGGUGGAACACAUUGUCGAUGCAGCUCACGGUGUCUUCCUUUGGAUUUCGCUUAUGGUAUCUGAAAUAAGAAGGAAUCUGGAGUGUAGCCUGAAUAAGUUGUGGAAACUUGUCGACACCGAACCCAAAAGACUAACGGGCUUUAUAGAGCAUAUGCUUGAUUCAAUAUCUCCUCCAUACCAACGCGAAGCAUAUAUUCUACUAGCUGUUGCCCAUAAAUACGCAACAAUGGGAUGUCCAAGUCACACCCUCUCUAAGCUUCAUCUGCCUACCAAGGGAGCAUGCUAUUUGUGGAAAAAGCUACUCCAAGAUAAAACCGAGCCAGGUUCUCAAGAGUCCGAGAUAAACGAGUCUGUCAACUGGGAUAUUUUUACAAGCGAAGAAGUCGACGCUCGUUUCAAUGGACUACUUGAACGGUUCCAUGUUGAUCUGCCCUCGGAACUAUUGUCAUUCCUCUUCUUUUCCCAUCGUUCAAUUAUAGAAGUCCUAGACGAUUGCAUCGACGCGAAACUACGCACACACGGCAUAACGCAGGUAGAACUGGGCAAGUGCAUUUGCCAAACCUUUCUUGGUGAUAUGAUUUUCGUUUACAAGGAGAUCGAGCGAACUGGAUUGACAAUAGACCAUUUUGAGACCAUUGUAUCCGGCCAGCCCUUCCGUGUUCUAACCAUACUCCGGGAUAUGGGCCUACACGCAGAGCCCUGGUUCGCGCAGCAACUCGACCAGAUCGAAGACUUCUAUCAAAGAAUUCAAUUUGGGAUCCCACAUCCUUCAGAGGCACAUUGGCAAAGUGCCACGCCUUCACUUCCAGGUUAUCGUUCUUUGGUAUGGGUUCCGAGCUAUCUGGGGUUGCAUGAGCUUUUGCCUUGGGUCUUGAAAAGACUAAGCGACGUACCUAAACGAGGACAUACUGCAUUGGAGACAGUUCUGUGGAGCUCACCCGAGUCCACGGAUUCUGUCAAUAAAUCUGGCCAGCUAAUAAUCUUAGCGGGGCUUCUUAAGCAUGGAUACGUCGGCGUUGAUAUAUUGAAGAGAGGCACCGGGCUACAGAUGACCAAGGAUAGAUGCCAUACCAGUGUGGCAUGGAUCAGCUGUGUUAUGCAGCUUGUGCGGAGACAAGGAAAUUCACAUACUAUAGACUGGGAGGCUCCUAAACUUUGGCUAGAAUCCAGAGCUAAUCCCCGAGUUUAUAUCCCUAAACACCCCGAUGAUGAGCUAUGUUAUGUAAAGAUCGACGGAGGAUGGUAUCUAGUGAAACAGAAGAAUACGCAAUCAAUCGACUUCCCGAUAACUGGGCGGAUUUCUCAACUGCCCGAAGGCCCCGGAUCAACACUUGGAGGCCUUAUCGACCGUUUAGAUCCCCCCAAUAAAGAACGGCUACUAGAACUCAUAGAUCGGAACACUGCCUGGAUGGAAGCCGACGAGGCAGCAGAAACCCUGGCAAAUUUUGAGGAACUUCCAUCAGUGGAUGUGCUCGACAUACCCGAAUACACACCUACACGCAAGACAGUAUGGACUAUCUGGAGUGCCUAUAUCCAAGAACUUCGCUACAUGCUCCCCGGGGUUAAGCCACCUUCCACGCAAAACCAGUCGACCAAAUCCAACACCAUAGAACACACGAAUACUCCAACAAUCGCAAAGCCUAGCACAUAA